AUGCACGCAGCCCUCGUCAACUCCUGGGGUUCCCCCCCAACCUACACAACCGUCCCGGACCUCCCGCCCCCAUCCCCCACACAAAUCCGCCUCCGCGUCCUCGCAACAGGCGUCCACCGCCUCGUCCUGUCCCGCGCCGCCGGAAAACACUACACGGCGUCCACCCUCCCCCACCUCCCCGGCGCCGACGGCGUCGGCGAGGACCCGACCACCGGCCAGCGCUACUUCUUCGCUGCCCUCGCCACGGGCACGUUUGCGGAAUUCCUCAACGUCGAACGCACCGCCGUCGCGCCGCUGCCAAAGGGCGCUGACCCAGCUACCGUCGCCGCCUUUAUGAACCCGGUCAUGAGCAGCUGGAUGGCGCUGUCCGCGCGCGCGGCGCCGCAGGCCAAGGGCUUCUCCGUCGCGAUCCUGGGGGUGACGAGCGCCAGCGGGCGGGUGGCCGUCGACGUUGCUCGUGCCAGGGGCGCGGGCCGGAUUGUCGGCAUCGCGAGGAAUGCGGCCGCCCUGGAGGAGAUUCCCGUCGACGAGCGCAUCGUCCUCGCGGGCGGGGAGACGGACUGGUCGAGGCUGGGCGCGGUGGACGUCGUUUUGGAUUACGUCUACGGGAGCCCGGUCGUGGACUUGUUGACGGCCUUGCCCAAGUCGGAGAGGGAGGUGCAGUACGUCCACAUUGGCUCCGUGUCGGGCGACGGGGAUAUUAGUCUGCCGGGGGCCAUCCUGCGGGGGAAGAGGGUCGCCAUCCGCGGUGCUGGGCCGGGAAGCUGGACCAUGAGGGAGUAUGCCGAGGAGCUUGGCGGGAUGGUUGGUGUGACUGCUGGGCUGAAGGGCAAAGAUGUCAACCUGAUUAGGAUGAAGGAUGUAGAGAAGGGAUGGAGCGAGGCGGGAUUAGGGAAGACGCGCGUGGUUUUCGUGAGCGAUGACCUUGUGAAGUCAUCUUGA